CGGAAAACGUAUUCACUGAAUGCCAAGGAAUCCUCCCGCCACAACGUAAGGCACGUUCUGUUCCAUAUAAGGUAUCCGGGCACGUACACCUUCUUUUAAUCAUCGGCAAUUACAAUGCAAUUCAAGUUAGACCUAGGUAUACUUGAGCCCAACGCGGGGCGCAAGGGCCCAGGGCUCGGCCCAGAUCUGCAGCUGGACGUACCAACGGCGUCAUUCCCGUUACCAGCAGUGCAAGACCUGGACAAGUUUGAGCGGGAAGUCGUGGAGAUGGUGAAGCCGUGCCACGGCACGACGACGCUGGGCUUCAUCUUCCAGCACGGCGUCAUUAUUGCCGUCGAUUCUCGCGCCACGAUGGGCUCUUUCAUCUCAUCACAGACUGUCAAGAAAGUUAUCGAAAUUAACAAGCAUCUGAUUGGCACCAUGGCGGGCGGCGCCGCGGACUGCCAGUUCUGGCAGCGGAACCUGGGCAUGCGAUGCCGCCUUUACGAGCUCAACAACGGCAAACGCAUCACCGUCUGCGCCGCGUCGAAGCUUCUCGCCAAUACCAUGUUUUCUUACCGCGGAAUGGGCCUGUCCAUGGGCACGAUGGUCGCGGGUUGGGAUUCCACCGGGCCGGGACUGUACUACGUCGACAGCGACGGUCAACGCACCAAGGGCCAGAUCUUCAGCGUUGGAUCCGGAUCUUUGUACGCGUACGGCGUUUUGGACUCGGGCUACCGCUGGGACCUCAGCGUUGAGGAGGCCAUCGAGCUGGGCCGCCGGUCCAUCUAUCACGCCGGGUUCCGCGACUGCGCUUCUGGCGGCACAGUCAGUGUGUACCACGUCACCCAGGACGGUUGGACCAAGGUACGGGGCGAUGACGUCACCGAGCUCCACUACCAGUACUAUCCCGACCCAGCACAGCACCCAGCGACGGCAACCUCGGUCAUAUGAGAGAAGAGGAGAUGAG